AUGGGUAUUGGUGGUGAAGAUAGCCCCGACAAGAAAAACAAUGGAGCCACAAGCAUCGACUCCAAUUCACCCUAUUACCUGCAUGUGUCUAAUUAUCCUAGACAAAUGCAAGUGAAUGACAUACUGACUGAUAAAGCUACAUCGAUUGGGCUUGUGAAUCGAACCAUCGAGAAACCAGAAGAAAACGAAGCCGAAUACUUGAUGUGGAUGAGGUGUGAUGCCAUGAUCAUAGGAUGGCUCACCAUAACAAUGGAGAAAAGCAUCAGAUCCAACGUGAAGUAUGCUUCCACAUCAGUCGACAUGUGGGUAGAUCUCAAAGAACAAUUUGGAAAGGAGAGCACCCCUCUGUGCCCUCUACCUUCGUGCACGUAUGGAAAAUGCACGUGUGAUGUUGUGAAGAAAUUGACUGAGUCUAAAGAAAAAGAAAGAUUGUAUGAAUUUAUUUUCGGACUAGAUGAUGUUUUUUCAAUUGUGAGAACUCAAAUCCUCACAUCGAAAACUACACCAACACUUGGAGAGGCUUACCAUCUCGUUGUUGAAGAUGAAAAUCAACGUGCCAUCUUAGCCACGAGAAUGAUGCCCCAUGAUGCGACGGCGUUUCAAAUCAUCAGCAUGAGAAAACAAGAUGCAUCGACUGAGGUUGCAAAUUCAAUAAACAGGGGCAUGCCCAUGGCAACGAAAUGCACAAACCAAGAAGUGGAACACUGCACAAUAUAUGGGAAAACGGGCACAACAAAACUGGAUGUUUCAAGGUGA